AUGUCUGGCUACAACAGCGGGCGUCGAGCCCCGACUUUCUCGCAAUACCUGAAUGAUCUGAAUGCCAUUCCUUCGCCCUAUGAUCUGGCACAACAGCAAGCGGAGCGGCAAGAUCUAUUCAAUGUGGAUGCUGAAUUGGCUCUGUUUACGAACGCGGAGUUCCUGGAUUUUGAUGCUGUUGGGGAUCUAUCUGUUGACCUGCCCGUGAAAUUUGAACGCGUGGAGGGAACCGAUGCGCAUAAUAAGGACUCUCCGAGCACGGUUGGCGAUGGAGAUAAUAAUGUCAAGUACCUGGAUAUGUUGAAUGACUUCAACCUGGCCAGCUACCCGCCUGACUUCCAAUCACCCAUCAUCACCAUGCAGGCACCCGCCUAUCCGCUGUCCCAGCUUCCACCCCCCAGCCACAAUGGAGCCCCCAUGACCUCUGGAGAGUUCGGGCACUCGAUUUCUCCCCAGCCCGUGUCAGCCCGAUCCUCAUCCAACGUAUCCUUGGCAUCACCUCUGUCUCAACCCGCCAAAAGGAAACAGGAAGCAAUGUCCCCCGGAAACCCAAGCAUGGACGAAGCCGCGCGACUGGCACAGGAGGAAGACAAACGCCGCCGCAACACGGCUGCCAGUGCCCGCUUCCGCAUCAAGAAGAAGGAGCGUGAAAAGAACAUGGAGCGCACCGUUAAGGAGGUCACGGCCAAAAACGCCACACUCGAGGCCCGCAUCACCCAGCUCGAGAUGGAGAAUCGGUGGCUCAAGAACCUGAUCACGGAGAAGAAUAGCGGUGCCAUUGCUGACGGGGAUAUUGCUGGCAUGUUCGAUAAGUAUCGCGCGAGCGCAGAGGUGGCCCAGCAACAACCGUCGAACGGCUUGGAGAGGAGAAAAGCAUGCCUGACUGUUGGGGCGAAGAUCCCGGCUUUCUUUGGCUUGCCGUUACGUUCUCUAUCCUGCCUGAGAGUUCGACGAGAUGUUGAAAGUGAUUCAUACCCGAAGUACGAACUUACCGUUCUGUCAUCACUCCACCCGUUGGGAAUGAUAGAAGAGGGUACUUUGAGGUUACGCUACAUUGGGGAAGAGAAGAAAUCAGGAUUUGUCGUGGAAGUGUUCGAGGGCAUGUUUGAGGUGACGUGGAUCAAAGCUGGAGAAAAGAGCGGGUGCUGA